AUGGUCCUGUCUCUUGACACCUAUUACUGGACAGCAGUGAACCAUUUUUUUGUGUGGUUAAGCACGAUAGGCUACUUUGCCAUCUCAGUCACCAUGUACAGCAAUGGCAUGUUUUAUGUCUUCCCGUCUUCUUUCCCCUUAUUUGGCGCAGCAAGAAACACUUUGAACCAGCCUAAUGUGUGGCUCACCAUAUUCCUGACGUUCCUCCUCUGUAUCCUGCCUGUUGUAGCUUUCCGCUUCAUUUUUAUACAGCUUUGUCCUACCAUUAAUGACAAGGUGAGGUAUAAGAUGCGUACAGAGGAGUUGACUGCACCUGCACCUCGUCGUCUACGGAGAAGGCGUAGUACUCGAUCAGGCUACGCCUUCUCUCACUCCCAGGGCUACGGUGAUCUGGUAACAUCUAGAAAAUUCCUGAUAAAACGCCCCCUAAAGAUGACAGCUCUGUUCACCCAGACAGACUCUUCCAUAUUUCAAAAUCAGCCACAGCACUACCGCACUAUUGCUGAGGAGCCACAGAGUCCUUAG